AUGGGCGCUGCCGAGAACCCCGCGCCGCCGCGGCAGGAGGCUGCGCCAGUCAGGAGAGCGGCGCCGGCUCCGGCUCCGGAGGCGGUGGAGAAGGUGGUCGUCGUGGACCAGGCGCCGCCCCCGGAAGCGGCGGCGAGGCUGCAGGCGCAGCGGCCGCUGGCGCCGCUGCAGGUCACCACGCAGGCGCCGCCGCCGCCCAUGUCGGUGGCGUCCGGCUCCGUCGAGCCGCCGCCGCAGGUGGCGGCGUACCAGCCUGUCAUGCAGCCUCCGCAGCAGGGGCCGCUUCCGUCGCUCAACUCACGCAAGUACACCAAUGGCAUCACGCUGUGCCUCUUCCUGCUCCACCUCGCCGCCGCGGCAUUCGCCAUGGGGUUCUUCGUGUUCAAGACCGUCCAGGAGAUCAGCCAGCACCCACGGUCACACAAUGCGCGGCGCGAGCGCAGCCUUCUGGGCAACUGGCUGCUGCCCGUGGAGGGCGCGGUCGCGCUCAGCAUCGUCCUGGCCUUCGCGUGGCAGAAGGCCGUGCGCGCGUGGCCACGCGCCAUGGUGCGCGUCAUCCUCUGGUCCAGCUUCGCCGUGACCCUAGCCGUGGGCGCGCUGCUCAUGUGCUUCUCCAUGCUGGCCACCGUCGGGCUGGGCGUCGCGAUGGUGGUGUUCUCCAUUGGGACCGGGCUGUACGCGUGCUGGGUGACGCGGCGCGUGGGCUUCACCGCGCGGGUGUUCGAGCACGCGGUGAAGCCAGUGGACAAGUUCCGUGGGCUGAACGGGCCCGCGUACCUGAUGGUGGCGGCGGGUUUCGCAUGGAUCUCCGUGUGGUGCGUGGCUGUGAUCGGCGCGGUGAACUUCCGCUUCCCCGGGCUCACCAUCUUUGGGCUGGUGGUGAGCCUGGCGUGGACCGCGGAGGUGAUGCGGAACGUGGCGAACCUGACGGCGAGCCGGGUGAUCGCGCUCUACUACCUGCGCGGCAUGCAGUCGAGCGUGCAGUUCAGCUUCCAGCGCGCGCUGUCGUACAACCUCGGCAGCGCCUGCCUGGGGUCGCUGUUCGUGCCCACCAUCGAGGCGCUCCGCAUCCUGGCGCGCGGGCUCAACCUCCUGGAGGGCGAGGACGAGUUCAUGUUCUCCUGCGCGCACUGCUGCCUCCACGUCAUGAACGCCAUCUUCAGCUUCGGCAACAGCUGGGCCUUCGUCCACAUCGCGGCGUACGGGCGCGGGUUCGUGCAGGCGUCCCGGAGCACGUGGGGCCAGUUCGAGGCGCUUCCCGGGAUGGCGGCGCUGGUGGACUCGGACAUCACCAGCUCCGUGUGCUUCCUGACGGGCGUGACGAGCGGCGCGCUGUGCGUGGCGCUGGCGGGGUCGUGGGCGUUCGCGACGCACCGGCACUACACGGCCACCGUGUCGCUGCUGGCCUUCUACGUCGGGUACCUGAUGACCCGCAUCGGCAUGGCGCUGCCGCAGGCGUGCGUCGGCUGCUACUACGUCUGCUACGCCGAGAACCCCACGUCGAGGCUCUUCGACGGCACCAUACCGGACCGGCUGAGCAAGAUGCAGGAGGGCCGCGACCCGCUCGUGCCCACGCCGCGGUUCCCGCACCAGCACGUCGGCAGCGCGUGA